AUGGAGCCCAUGCCUAUGCCCGGCGCCAUGCCGGGCGCCAUGCCGUUCCCUGCUGACGAUCCACCACACUUCGACGGUCCGAGUUCUGCUCCGCCCACCCCGAGCGUCAUCUCUAUCACACAUCCAUCCCCAUUCAUUCACACACACCAUCCUCGGCGUGGAUCGCUCACGCCUCUCGGUCUCAACGUCAUCUCCCCCGUUCCCCCGUCGCAGGUUAGCCACGAGUCGAGCCCGUUGCGCUCCGUGGGGUUCCUCCCAAGUGGUGGCGAGUUUACGCUGGACCCUCGUCGCGACUCGGUCGCAUCGACCUCGUCCAACCUGACCAUCACGCGCCCCGGUGUGUCGGGCUCGCGCCGGCGGUCGUCGCUCACGCCGUCGUUGCCAAACCUCGCCCCGCCAACAAACUUCAACCCCUCCAAGCGCCGUUCGUCGCUCACCCCAUCCCUCCCGACCUUGGCCGCACCAUCGCCCACGCGCGCUCUUGUUACCGCCCGCCUGGCUGGGCGGACAGCUGUCAGCGAUGGCGGUCACGCCUUUUUGCCAACACACUCGCGCACCAUGGACUCGAUCUCAAGCACGCGUCGCAUAUCAAACGCCCACAUUGGCGACACGCGCCGCGGGUCACUCCCACACCUCUAUUAUGGAGCAUGGACGGGGCCUGGAGAGCGUUCUGCGGCCUGGAACCCCACAUUAGCGACCCAGCGGGGCAGCGUGGACGACUCCCAGCACCCUGCCCCAGGAGUGGCCGACCCCCUCAUCGACCAAACUUUCCGUUUCGGAUGUCCGCCCAGCUCAGCAGCUGCUGGACCCAGUACCAUGCGCGCUGCCGACCUGGCGGCUACCGAGGACGUGACGGCCUCUGGAUCCCUGCAUCGUAUCGCGCAAAUAGGCAGCGCGCGCCGCAAGGAAAAGUCGGCGUUCGAGUUGGCAGAGCAAGAAGAAGCAGAACGACAGCGCCGUGCCUUCCUUGCUGCGACGUAUGGCGAGGACAGCCGGCGAGCACGCGCCAGGCUGAGUCUUGGUGGAGCGUCCGGCGUGUCACCAGGAUCGCCAGCGAGCACGCGCCGCCAGAGCUUGCUACUCUGGGAGCGCAUGAACAAACCACCAGACGGCAGCGCUGGAGCCCCAGCUGCGGCCGCACCGGCCACCAUGCCGACCGGUGGGUUUGCGGCGGUGCCAGGCCUGGCGGGGAUGCAGAGCCAUACCGGCCUCGUCGGGAUUCCUGGUAUGGGGGAUGAGUUUGGUCGGCGUCCUUCGCUGCCAAUGAACAUUCCCGCACGCACACCACCAACAGAAGCGUGCUCGUCGUUUGACGACCAGAACAUUUGGGACCACCCUGACUCCCUUGCUUACCUGGACGACAGACCCCUUCCACCGCUUUUACCGCUGUCCGACCCUGUCCCCCGUCUCCUCCCAUCCACCUUGGCGCUCCAUCGCGCAACACAUUUGCUCAACUCGCGCAACCUCGCACCAGAACCACUACCUGCCCCAUUACCGCCAUCCCUCCACCCACCAAAUCCUGUCGACCUGUCCGAGUUUGACAUUGACUUUAUCCUGGCUGGUUCCAAGACCAACCUUGGCCGCGCCGGUAGCCAAAGCUCUGCCAAGCACCGCACGAGCGGGGGCGAUGGCCCAUCAUCGACAUACCGCAAAGACAUUGUCGAGGAGGAGGACACCUUUGCCAAGUUUGUUGGUGCGUUUGACGACGAGUACGGCGACCGCCGCGGCGACUGGACGUUUAGGGCAUGUUCGCCAUCCUCGUCAGGCGACAUUUUCCCUAUCAGCGACAAUGAGCUGGGUGGACCGCUCGACACGACACGUCCUCGUCCACGUGCCGAGUGGGACUGCCACGGCGCCGGCAGGUUUGAGAUCUACCCCAACGGCGACGUUCGGUCAGUCGAGUCGGGUGCCGUGUGGCGGAUGCGCAAGACGAGUGGACGCGAGUUUGAGUUUGAGCAGCCCCUGCGCGCAUUUUCCAGUCUGGCGCCAGAGCCCAUCCUCGGGCCCAACGCGCCGCAGCCCCUCGUCAUCUCGCCAUGUGCGGGUUACUCGCUUGCCAGUAAGCUCGUCCACACCGAGAGUGGUGGCGUCAAGCUCCCCUUUUCUGUGCAACGCGAGAUGGCAUCACGGGGCAGCCGCGUGUCGCGCCGUUUUGCUGCUGCGCGCAACCGCCAGAGCAUCUCGGAGGCUCCAGCAGAGCACCAGGCCGCCUUCCAGCAACACCUCCAGCAACAGCAACAGCAGCUGGAGCGUACACGUCGUGUCGGCAGCGAAGACUCUGACGCCACGGCCCUCCCGACACCAAACAACAAGCGCCACUCGUCCAUUACUCCCCGCCGCUCCACCACGUCGCCGCCAUCCGUGUCCCCGCCCAAAGAGGACAAGGACCCCAAGCGGUCUCAACGGAAACAUUCGCAAGAGGAUGACAAGCAGGGCAAGCAAAAGUCGUCCCUGUCGGGUGUUCUCAAACGUGGUCUGUUCCGCGCGUCCAACCUCGUCAAGGACUAUGAGGACCGGAAAGAGCGGAACAUGAACGGGCACGGUCACGGCCACAGCCACGGUAGCCACGGAACGCCCCACAAGGGUGGUGGUCUGAUGACCAGCAAGAGUCUGCCCGUGCCCAACGACCGACCCUCCGACAGGAGCGACUCGGCGUCUGCGUCUUCGUUGCAGUCUGGCCAGUCUCAGCGAUCGUCCGCCAGGUACACUACGAGCGAGUCUGCCGAUGAGCUUGCAGACUGGCCCGACGACGCUCCAUUUGGCUCGUUGGGUCUGGGUAUCGAGGACGAGCAGAAUGGUGGCCAGCCGUGGAAGGAGGGCAAAGCGUGGGACGGCGUGCCCGAAGAGGCACUGGCAAUGGUCAUCCCUGUCGAGGGCAAGAGCCAGUCUCCGCCAUUAUCCAACACGCAUGCGGCUACCCAACCGUUUAUCAACCCCUUCUUUGUCGAUGGACCACGACAAGCUCUACUCGUGUGGUUUACACCAUUCAACGCCACCGCCCCGCCCAGCCACCACGACUCGCGCUUUGGCUCGACGUCGACCUUGUUCAAGAUCAACGAGUCGCCAACCCACGAAGAGUCGCAGCAGCAUGGGUCGUCGCUCGCGCUGUUACCGAAACUGCUUCGUCCGCGCGCAAACAGGCAAGACGUGCCACAGAGCCGGAGCCUGUCUUCCACCAAGCACCUCACGGGCAUGCCGCACACGCCGUCGCCAGACUUUGACCUAGAACCCGUCAUUGGACGCACCCGCCGAGAAUCGCGCAGCCUGCAGCCCCUUCCAUUCAAGGCGUUCCGCAUCGUCGCCAAGGUGGUCGACACGGAAGACCUGCGCUCCGAACCCGAAGUGCCCGUCAUUGGGUUCGAGCAGUGGACCGAGCAGUUGCGCACCGGCAAGCCCGCGAGCCCACACACGCCGCCCUUGGAACCGUAUCCGCACGUACCCGCCACGGUCCCCGAGGAACGGCCGCUCGCGGAGAUGAACGUCAACAGCGUCAUGUCUGGCCGAGCGUUCCCGACCGUCAUUGCCGUGUGCCACUCGCACAACACGGGCGUCGAAUUCGUCCUCGAAGGCCUCGACCGCCUGGGCCUGUGCAAGGGCGAGAGCGCGUGGGGUCCCACGGGAUACGAAGAGUGGCGCGGCACAGGCCUGAGCGAAAACGGCCGCCAGACGCUCGACCUGCUCUGGGCAGCGUGCUCGGCCGUCAUGGGCCUCUAG